AUGCUGGCGGCCCGGGAUGCGGCACUUGCUUCCUGCCACGACAAUCCCCCACAAACGACCAGAGGACAUGGAAACAGAGUCUUCUUGGGCGAGCCUAUAGACCCCAAAGUGGACGUGGGUCUUGCUCUUCACAAUGGAAAGGAUGUUCAAGUAUAUGAAAUCUCUGGGAGCAGCGCUCUGGAUCCGCAUGCUCGUGUCACCUCCAAUAUCCUAACAGUUGCAAAACUGUUGACGCCUUUGUCCCGUGACGAAGUCCCGGUGGUCCGAGCACUCGGUCUCAAUUACUCGGACCAUGCAGACGAAGCGGCACAUUUAGCUGGUCGCGAAAAGGUGGACUUGCCAAAAUUCCCUAUGCUAUUCUACAAGCCCUCAACGUCUCUCAUCCCUUCUGGAGACCCAAUCGUGCUUCCGUCUGUCGUCCGUCCAUACGCCGAACAUCUUCCCGACUACGAGGUCGAGUUGGUAAUUGUCAUCGGUAGAGAUACUAAGAACGUCACGGAGGAAGACGCAUUGGACUAUGUGUUGGGCUAUACAGGGGCUAAUGAUGUAUCCUUUAGGAAGUGGCAAAAUGCCAUUCCUCAAUGGGGAUUCUCAAAGAGUUUCGAUGAUACAAACCCCUUAGGACCCGUCUUGGUGAGCUUCGUCUGGGCCGUCACCUUUCAGAAGCUGAACCUACUUCAAGGUCUCCAAGCACGCACUACCGGACCCGCAGACUAUCUCUUUGAAAGCCGUGUUCAAUGCAAGCAAAUAUUCAACGUUCGUAAAACGAUAUCCUUCCUCUCGCAAUCGACGACUCUACCAGCCGGGACAAUUAUCAUGACUGGCACGCCCGCUGGCGUCGGCUUUGUACGUCGGGAGAAGCUGUGGCUCAAGCCAGGAGAUGAAAUACGCUGCGAGGUUGGUGGUGGGAUUGGGACGCUGAUUAACAGCGUGAUUGAAGAAAAGCCAAAGUCCAAGUUGUAG